AGAUGAAGCAAAACCGACCGACUUCAUCCCUUUCCUCCUGAUCAAGAAAUCUCUCUGCUCCUACAAAUCCAAGAAGACGAUGAAAGAUCAAUCGUUUGCUCAUUUGAUGGAAUUCGUUUGAAUCUUCUUCUUACAAAAACCCCCAAAUUCCAAUCGAAAAUCCCUAAAUUCUUUAGUAAUUAGAAUAUAAUGGAUGCAGCAGCAUCUUCAUCACCGUCUCCUUCCGAGGAAAGUUUGAAGCUUCAACUUGAUGAUCUGCAGAAACAGCUUAACAAAAAGCUGAGAUUCGAAUCUUCCGUUCGUUCUAUUCAUAAUCUCCUCCGUGAUCACUACUCUUCUUCCUCUCCUUCUCUCCGCAAACAGUUUUACAUAGUUGUAUCUCGAGUUGCAACGGUUCUCAAGACAAGAUAUACAGCUACUGGGUUUUGGGUUGCGGGGCUGAGCCUUUUCGAGGAAGCUGAGCGACUUGUAUCUGAUGCUUCUGAGAAGAAACACUUGAAAUCUUGCAUUGCUCAAGCCAAAGACCAGUUAACCGAAGUUGAUAUCCAGCCCACUGAGACCUCACAAGGUUAUCUUUUUGAGGGACAUCUAACGGUUGAUCGUGAGCCGCCACAGCCUCAGUGGCUAGUGCAGCAGAAUCUCAUGUCUGCUUUCGCCUCUAUUGUUGCUGGUGAAUCCUCUAAUAAUGCUCCUACUGAAAACACUCUUGGGGAUACGGCCAACUUGAUGCAAGAACUCAUCAACGGCCUGGACAGUAUCAUCCCGGAGAUGCUAGAAGAUGGUGGACCACCAAGAGUUCCACCGGCUAGUAAAGAAGUUGUAGAGAAACUUCCAGUGAUCGCUUUUAGCGAGGAACUGCUUAAAGAGUUAGGACCAGAGGCAGAAUGCUGCAUCUGCAAGGAGAAUCUUGUAAUCGGCGACAAAAUGCAGGAGCUGCCAUGCAAGCACACAUUCCACCCUCCUUGCCUAAAGCCUUGGCUGGACGAGCAUAACUCUUGCCCUAUAUGUCGUCAUGAAUUACCAACAGACGAUCAGAAAUACGAAAACUGGAAAGAGAGGGAGAAAGAGGCUGAGGAAGAGAGGAAAGGCGCAGAGAAUGCUGUCCGCGGAGGUGAAUAUAUGUACGUUUAGAUUGUAAAAUUUAUGGCACACUGCCACUGUUUGUACUUUAACAUCUCCCUCGAUUUGUUUUGAAUGAAAGCUUAUAGAAUAACAACAAAGAUUUCAUUACUUUAUAACACAAAUUGUCUUGAAAAGACACCAAGUACAUAACAACAAGAGUAUUACUAAAUCCACAAUAGUAGUUUUUUCAGUAGAGAUGAUCGUCUG